UAUUUGGUGCGCUAGUAUAAAUAGCUGACACUUGACUUGGCGUUGCCAUAGUCAAUGCAAUAUGGGCUCGAGCACUGGAACUUGGAUUCUAUUGGGAUUGGUGGCCGGCGUCGCCUCUCUGGCUAGCGCUGCAAAAAUACCCCAAUCCGACGAGCAGACGAUUCUCCAAAACAAUGGAAAUACUUUUCUGUCCAACGGAGCAGGGCAGAUUAUUCAAGGACCAGAUGGGAAAACGAUCUUGAUUGGAUCGGAUGGCCGGAGGAUCAUUGCGGACGCUGAUUCCAGCGAAGAGGACGAUUCCCGCGAUUACGGACAGGGUAAUAGCAACGUCAUUAUCAACGGCCAGUCGGGUUCCAGCUUGAUUCAGAGCAAUGGGCACAGCUUCAUCUAUGGAGACCAGAGCCACGGAAGUUACAUCAACAGCAAUGGACGCAGUGUGCGGAUCAUAAACGGAGCUAUUGAACUGAAUGAAAACGGACAGGUGUACACGUUCCAGCCAAAGGCAGCGGGUGUGAACGAAAAGGAAACGGUGGAUAUCAACGGGCAGCCGGCUCAGGUGGAGUACUCCAAUGGCGACAUAGUCAUCGAACUGGCCGAUCACACGGUGAUCGCCAAGACCGGAGGACGUACCUUCCUGGGUGAUCGCUACUCCUUCGACAAUCGCGACAAGCUGGAGGCGGAGGCAAAGAACUACGCCCAGCGGAUCGAAAACGAAGUCAGGGCCACUCUCCAGAAAACGAUGGAGGACCUGAAAGCAGAGUUGGGCAGCCUUUUCGCCUAGAACCAAGUAAUUGUACAUGAGUCGCUCUGAAUAAAGCGCAUUUGCAGCA